GCGCAUUUUGUGGCGGGCAUUCCCUGGGUUGCAUUAGCUAGCGACAAGAAAAUAUUGCUGAUUCCUUUUGACAUUAAGACUUACAACUUAUUAAGUAGAAAAAAAGAUUAAACAAAAUGCUAGUUUUUGUCGGAAUUGGAUUGUGCGCCGCGUCGCUUUUAAUAAAUAUCAUAGGGCUGGCGAUACCGUAUUGGUAUGAUUUCACCUUAACCUUACCCCUUGUAGGUGAAAAGAAAAUAUAUAUCGGAUUAUGGUCGGCAUGUGUAUCCGUCGGCGAAAAUACUGAUUGUAAUGACAUCACAGGUGAAGCUCUAGAUGGCGCUUUUAAGGCGACUCGAGCCAUGGAGAUACUGGGCAUGCUCCUUAUACUGGCGGCUCUUGUGUGCGUUCUUUUUAAACAGUUUGUCAUAAAGGACCAAGCACUCCUUCCUAAAAUCGGAGCAGGUUUAGCCAUAGUUUCUGGAAUCUUCAUGAUUAUCGGCACAAUAAUUUAUGCCACUCGAGACGGCGUGGACUCAAGCAAUUUGCAUGCCGGGUUUGCCCUUUGCAUUAUUGCAGGCAUCAUAGGAAUCGUCGCGGGAGUAGUGGUUUUUAUGGCGUCCAAGGGCGAUUAAACUAAUCAUUCUACACGUCACUGGUUCAAGUCUAAAGGAAGACAAUGUAAUUUUCUUCCAUUUAUUUUAUGCCGGUGUAAAAAUGUUUGUGUAUACCUGAAACAUAAAAGACGUUGCUUUUUUAUUUUUAUAUACUUAUUUGUAGUGUGUCUGAAAUAUAUUUCUGUAAUAGGGAAAAGACUUAUAUUCAAUA